AUGACCCACGAAGAGAUUUACUGUAGCGAAGUAAGCGACAAAACUUGUCGAGUUGGAAUAGAUGACGUCAUUGACUACGACCAGCACGAGUUCAAAUACAAAAGAUACCCAAGUAGCACCUGUAUUCCUUGCCGUAACUAUACGGAUUCUAUUUUAGUGUGGAACGGAAAAACUAAGCUCUAUACGAAAUGGGAGCAGCCUAUUUCUUGCCAGACCAAAAAUAUAGUAUACGCCAUGCAGUGCUCGCAUUGCCAUUUGAUUUACAUCGGACAGACCACUAAUAUGCUCCGUAAGAGAUUCAGCAACCACAGGCAGGAGCUAAAUUUUGCAUACGAAGCCAGACUGUGGCAGGAUUUCUCUGGUAUUCGUGCGCGGCACAAUACUAUCCUUUAUCACCAUUUUGCUCGAUGUCCGGGCAAGCCUCAAGUGAUGCCCGGCAACGUCGCCUCCUCUUCUGAGCUUCUCACAGAGCUCGAAGAGAAGAUGAUGCGCUAUGCGCGAUCUUUAUUCCCUUACGGCUUGAGCGAUAAGUAUGGAAAACACGCCGAGGAUGGAUAUGAGGAACACUGA